AUGACUACCAACAAUUACGCUGCCACACAACAACAGCAACAACAGCAACCUAUUCGUAAGUCUAAUCGCAUCAGAUCUUUAACUGCUAAAGCAUCAUCAACUAACAAUUGCUCCUUUUUAGUACCCCAAACUAACACCAAUACUACUCCACGUAUGCAUAAUAAGAGGCCUGGUGAUCAGAAUUCACAUAAAUUACACACUACAAAGAGAAGAAAGAGAUCAUAUAUCGAAGAAGAGGAAGCCUUGCAUAGUAAGGACAAGAUUGACCCAGUUGAAAAAUUACUUUCGUUGACGAGCACAAAUAAUGAUUUCUUACUGGUUAUAGAAUCAUCAUCGGAAGAGGCAAAACUACAGUCACAAGUUCAAGAACAACAGUCACAGCAACAGCUACAGCAGUCACAACUUCCGCAACCACAUCCACGUUAUGCAUAUGAACCCAGCAAAGAAGAGCACGAGGAGGAGGAGGAGGAGGAGGAAGAAGGGAGCGACAUUGAGGAAGAUGAAGAGGAGCCAAUUGGAAUUGCAUCGGUCAAUUUUACCGAAAUUUUGAAUGACAAUAUAAGGAGAUACUACAGAAACAAACUUCAGAACCAAUACAAGGAUUCCUUUGCCUUGUUGAACAAUUCAAGAGUUUGCGAUUCUCUACUGCGACCACCACCACCACCACCACACUCAUCACACACUCUGCAGAGCAAUAGUGCAUCAACUUCUUCUCCAUCGGUGCCAUUUUUCAGGAGUGUUAAUUUCGGUUCGCCAAAGAAGGAGUAUUCGGUUGAAGAUUACCUCACUUAUGGCGACGAGGAAGAGGAGAGAGAAAACGAAUUAAGUGGUGGCCAUUCACCAAAGAGCGUACCCCCAACCAGCUCGUCAAGCACAUCAACCGCAACUUUGUCCAGCCUUAUGGCACUCAGUGACGAUGAAGAUCAAGAGGACCCUCAUUCACAGACAGUUUCCCCAAUUUCAUCUCCAUCUACAACUACCUCAUCCUUGUACUCUGCAGAUGAUGCAAAGAAUAACGCUACCACUACCACCACCACCACCACCCCUACAUCGUCGUUCAAUUGGCAACUAAAACCUAAAAUCAACUUCAAUUACUGGCGCUUACGCAACAAUGCUACUUACAACGGAGGUUGUCAAAAUGGGUUUAGCUUCAAUGGUGGAGAUGUAUCCAAUGCAUUGAAACAACACAGUUUGUACACAGCUACUAGUGAGAUGGUGUCUACUGGAAACUUUAUGAUUAAUGAUUUCUACCUUUAA